CGCCCGCCGGGCGGGCGGACGGACGGGCGUGCGCGCGGGGGGCGCGCGGGGGGCGGGGGGAGUUCCGGUUCCGGUUCUUUGUGCAGCUGCAGCCGCGGCUCCGGCGAAGAUGGCGGCCCGGGCGGGUUUCCAGUCCGUGGCUCCGAGCGGCGGCGCCGGGGCCUCGGGCGGGGCGGGCGCGGCGGCCGCCCUGGGCCCGGGCGGGACCCCGGGGCCUCCGGUGCGGAUGGGCCCGGCGCCGGGGCAGGGGCUGUACCGCUCGCCGAUGCCCGGGGCGGCCUAUCCGAGACCAGGUAUGCUGCCAGGCAGCCGACUGGCACCUCAGGGACCUUCCAUGGGACCCCCUGGUUAUGGGGGGAACCCUUCCGUCCGGCCGGGCCUGGCCCAGUCGGGGAUGGACCAGUCCCGCAAGAGACCUGCACCGCAGCAGAUUCAGCAGGUCCAGCAGCAGGCGGUCCAGAAUCGAAACCACAAUGCAAAGAAGAAGAAGAUGGCUGACAAAAUUCUACCUCAGAGGAUUCGUGAACUGGUACCAGAAUCCCAGGCCUAUAUGGACCUCUUGGCUUUUGAAAGGAAGUUGGACCAGACUAUCAUGAGGAAAAGGCUAGAUAUCCAGGAGGCCUUGAAACGUCCCAUUAAGCAAAAACGGAAGCUGCGAAUUUUCAUUUCUAACACUUUCAACCCGGCAAAGUCAGAUGCCGAGGAUGGGGAAGGGACAGUGGCUUCCUGGGAACUUCGGGUGGAAGGACGGCUCCUGGAGGAUUCAGCCCUGUCCAAAUAUGAUGCCACCAAACAAAAGAGGAAGUUCUCUUCCUUUUUUAAGUCCUUGGUAAUCGAACUGGACAAAGACCUGUACGGGCCAGACAACCAUCUGGUAGAAUGGCACAGGACCGCCACUACCCAGGAGACGGAUGGCUUCCAGGUGAAGCGACCAGGAGACGUGAAUGUACGGUGUACUGUUCUACUGAUGUUGGAUUACCAGCCUCCGCAAUUUAAAUUAGACCCUCGCCUGGCUCGACUCCUGGGUAUACACACUCAGACCCGUCCAGUGAUCAUCCAAGCACUGUGGCAGUAUAUUAAGACACAUAAGCUGCAGGACCCUCAUGAGCGGGAGUUUGUCAUCUGUGACAAAUACCUUCAGCAGAUCUUUGAGUCUCAGCGCAUGAAGUUUUCAGAGAUCCCCCAACGGCUCCAUGCCUUGCUCAUGCCACCAGAGCCCAUUAUCAUCAAUCAUGUCAUCAGUGUUGACCCUAAUGAUCAGAAAAAGACUGCUUGUUAUGACAUUGAUGUGGAAGUAGAUGAUACCUUAAAGACCCAGAUGAAUUCUUUUCUGCUUUCUACUGCCAGCCAGCAGGAAAUUGCUACAUUAGACAACAAGAUCCAUGAGACAAUAGAAACUAUCAAUCAGCUGAAGACCCAGCGAGAGUUCAUGCUGAGCUUUGCCAGAGACCCUCAGGGUUUCAUCAAUGACUGGCUUCAGUCCCAGUGCCGGGACCUCAAGACCAUGACUGAUGUGGUGGGUAACCCUGAGGAAGAGCGCAGAGCUGAGUUUUACUUCCAGCCUUGGGCUCAGGAGGCGGUGUGCCGAUACUUCUACUCCAAGGUGCAGCAGAGACGGCAAGAAUUGGAACAAGCCCUCGGAAUCCGAAACACAUAGGGCCUCUUCCACAAGCCUUGACUUGGCUGCACCGAUUCUUUGGGCCCUGUGCUGCCUGCCUCAGAGCGCCCGCCUUGGUCUUGUUUGGGGCCUUCUGGGGGAUGCUGCUGGUUUACGGACAACACCAGAGUGAAGAGGGUCUCACACUCGGUCUCAUAAGACACCUCUCACCCUCUUCCCCCCUCCCCCCUUUCUCUCCCUCUGCUUCCUUUGCCCGGAUUUCCCACGUGCCUCUCCUUGCCCCGGUCUACAAAGGACCUCUAUAGUUAGUAUUAGAGAGAGAGAGACCCUGUAGUGGUUAUCAGUGCUCUGAAGGGAUUAGGCCUAAGGCCAAGUGGUCUUCAAGGGGACCAGCUACACUGAUCCUGCUCUCCAGAGACCCAGGAGUGGGGAGCUUCAGCCGUUUCUCCAAGACUCAGGCCUGGGGGCCCUGUAUAAGCUAGUUGGUCCUGGUUUUCCAGAUGAGAGGAUCCAGUUUCCCUCCUUCCCUCCUCAGGAUUGGAGCAAACUCUCCCUCCACUUCCUGCCCUCUAGUGCUAAAGGAACCUGGCUCCUGGGCUCCACGGAGCCCAGGCCAGUCCCAGCCCUCGCCAGCCCUCCGGACUGGCCUGCGGCCUCAGUGCUUCUCUUUCUCCCUAGUAGGGGAUCCACGUCAGUAUUGGAGUUUGUUCUUUCACUGUCGCUCCCUCCCAGCACGCUGCCUAUAGCUGCUCAUUUCAGGAUUCCCUCGAUCUGUCCGGAUCCUCGGGCAUCUGGGUGGGGGAAUCUUGCCUUUCCCUGUCUACGCUCUGGGGGAUCAAGCCUGGGGCACUGCCGUCACCGGUGGAGACUGUUCCUUCCUGCUGUCGUAUGGAGGUGUAAUCGUUCGUUCACUCCACUCUGCUUAGCCCAUCCUUUCAUGGAGAAACAGGCCUAAAAUCAAACGGGUACAAGCCCUGGGCCAUCCCUGUCUUCCUGUCCCUUGUCUGCCCAGUUGACACCCGCGGGUGGCUUCUUGGGCACUGAGGAGUGAAAGCGCCUAGGGCUGGACACUAGCUUUGAGUUGGGUCUGUGACUCUCCCCUCUCCCUUCCUCACAGAAAUGUGACUCUAGCCCCUGCCCUUAAAGCUUCAGACCCCUCAGGUAGCAGCAGGACCGUGUGAUCUCGGCCCCUUGGAACUGAGAUGGUUUUGCAUCUUUCCAGGAGAGCCCCAGAUUCUUCCAUGUUGUAUCUCCCCCAAGUUAUCAUUUUCCAGGCUCGCAGACUCAACACAGCAGGGUGGGAGACAGCUGGGCACUUACGGGGUGUUCUGUUCAUCCUGGGCUCUAAACCCACAGAACUGACAAAGCCCCUGCUUCCCCACCCCUCCUCAGGCUCCUGCGAGCACACUCCCCAGCCCUCCACCCUGUUUCACACUAAGAACAGCAGAAUUUUCUCCGUCUUUCCCUUCCUACCAUUGUCCCACCCGUCCCUAGUGACACUGGACAUCCUCUGUCGCUGGGGCAGGAACCAUGAGAAGGAAACGCAGCACUCCUGUACAAUAGCCCUGUUGAAGAUAACUUUUUAUUAACUGAAUUAUUAUGUUUUUUUCAUGGACCAAAUUUUUUUUUUGUACUGUCCCCUUAUCAAUGUCACCCAGUUUUAAUAAAAGAACCUUCGGAA